AUGGAGUUGGAGAUGCGGAAUAAUGACUUGUGCAAGAAUCUCACACUGCUGCAGGGACAGCUGUUCGCUAAGAUUCAACAGCAACAACAUGGUCCUGUGGAGUCUGCUGUGGCGGCGGACAACACAUCUUCGUCGCAGCCCACAUUCCGUCCCGGCGGACCGCCGUCUACUAGCAUGAAAAAAUUAUGUCGCAACGACAACAUACACCUCGCCAUAGUAACCAUGCUCUCAAGUUGUCUUAACAGCAUGGUGGAUAUGGAUAAUAUGUCAGCUGCUAUUCUCAAGGGACGUGAUACGUCAGUUACUCGAGAGGACGUCACUCGCCGUAACUGA